AUGUGGCCAAAGUGCGCGCUGGCCCCAAAAAACGGACUCCACCCUUGCACAUCCGCGCAUGUCGAUCGACGGAGUGGAGCUUGUAGCUGCCUUAACAGUGACUAAGGUUCAGGGCAGGCUACUGGGCGGAGGCCGGUUAAUGAUGACUGAUGAUCAGCUUUUAUCUCCAGGUCAUCAGACUGUUAAUCAGUCUCUCGCUCCUAGCUUUGAUGCACCUGUACUGUCUCCGCCUUUUAGAUGGUAGCAGGGUGAACAGGCAGUGGAUCGGGUGGCUGAGUUCCUUGAUGAUCUUCUUGGCCUUCCUGUGACAUCGGGUGCUGUAGAUGUCCUGAAGGGCAGGCAGUGUGCCCCCAGUGAUGCGUUGCCGUACCAGGUGGUGAUACAGCCUGACAUAAUUAUUUUGAUGGUGGUGCAUCUGUAGAAGUUUGUGAGGGUCUUAGGGGCCAAGCCAAAUUUCUUCAGCCUCCUGAGGUUGAAGAGGCGCUGUUGCGCUUUCUUCACCACGGUGUUGGUGUAGAGUGACCAUUUCAGGUCCUCAGUGAUGUGCAUGCCGAGGAACUUGAAGCUUUUGACCCUCUCCAUUGCGGUCCCGUCGAUGUAGAUGGGGGCAUGCACUCUCUGCUGUCUCCUGUAGUCCAUGAUCAGCUCCUUUGUUGUGUUGACGUUGAGGGAAAGGUUAUUUUUAUGGCACCACUCCGCCAGGGCUCUCACCUCCUCCCUAUAGGCCGUCUCGUCGAUGUUGGUAAUCAGGCCUACCACUGUUGUGUUGUCAUCAAACCUGAUGAUUGAGUUGGAGACGUGCGUAGCCACGCGGUCAUGGGUGAACAGGGAGUAUAGGACGGGGCUCCCUUGUGGGGCCCCCAUGUUGAGGAUCAGCAUGGCGGAGGUGUUGUUGCUUACCUUCAACACCUGGGGUCGGCCCGUCAGGAAGUUUAGGACUCAGUUGCACAGGGCGGGGGUUCAGACCCAGGGCCCUGAGCUUAGUGAUGAGCUUGGAGGGCACUAUGAUGUUGAAGGCUGAGCUGUAGUCGAUGAAUAGCAUUCUUACAUACUGUAGGUAUUUCUCUUCUCCAGGUGCGAUAGGGCAGUGUGCAGUGCAAUGGCAAUUGCAUUGUCGAUGGAUCUGUUGGGGCGGUAUACAAAUUGUAGUGGGUCUAGGUUGUCGGGUAAGGUGGAGGUGAUAUGAUCGUUAACUAGCCUCUUAAGGCACUUCAUGAUGACAGAAGUGAGUGCCAGGGGGCGAAAGUCAUUUAAUUCAGUUACCUUCACUUUCUUGGGUAGAGGGAGAAUGGUGACAUGUUGAAGCAAGUGGGAAUUAAAAAUAGAGACAUAAAAACAAAUUAAUUCAUGAAUUAAAGAGACAUUCAACUGACCCAGAGAAAAUGCAUGCUCGAGAAAAACAGAAAAGAAGGCAGGUGUUACUUGUGGCCGAGCCCGAGGCUAGGCUUGGAGAAUUCAUAUUUUCUUCUCUUUUUUUCUUUCCUCCCCCCUCUCUCUCUUUAUCUUUACUUUGAAUUGCUCCCUUCUCACUACAUCCCGCUUCCCCAUCUUGUUGUUUCUGUGGCAAAACCUCCUCUCUUCUCAUCUUCCCCCUCAUCGCUCUCACCUUCUAUCCUACUACUCUCCUUCUCUUUGCUCCCAUCCUCCUUUUAUCUUUCAUGAAACCGUCGUUUUGCCACUACAUCUCUCCUUUCUUCCUUUCUCCCUCCUCCACCCCCUUUCUCUGCAUGUACCAUCCCUCUCUCGCUUUUUUCUUCUUCCUCCCUCUCUACCUCCAUCCACACCUUCUCUCUCUACCACUUCCUUCACCCCUCUCUCUGCCUCUCUCCCUCCUCCAUCCCUCUCUCUCCUACAGCUAAUGUGUGUGACGAGGAGCUGCUCCUGUGCCAGAAUGGUGGGACGUGCUCCCAGAACCAGAAGUGUAUCUGUCCUCCAGAGUUUAAGGGCGUGCUGUGCCAACAGUCCCGCUGCGAGGGGGGCAAGGCAUGCAACACCGCAUCCACCCCCCAACUCCACCUCCUGGCCCCCCUCGUCCUGCUCUGCGUCCUGCUACCCCACCUUCUGGCCACAUUAACUGCACACUGA